AUGGCUGACAACCAACCCCCCGCCGCUGAGGCGCCCGUUGACGCGGCCGCCGCCGCCGUCGGCAAGCUGCACCUCGACGAGGUCACUGGCGAGAUGAUCUCCAAGACGGAGCUCAAGAAGCGCCAAAAGGCCCGCGAGCGCGACGCCGCAAAGAAGGAAAAGGCCGAGAAGUCGGGUGCGCCCCCGCCCGCCGGCAAGAAGGCUGCUGGCAGCUCUGAGGCUGCCGAGAAGGAUCUGACCCCCAACCAGUACUUUGAAAUCCGCUCACGAACCGUCAACGAGCUCCACGAGCAGGGCAAGGCCUACCCUUACAAGUUCGAAGUCACCUACGACAUUCGCAACUUUGAAAAGGAAUUUUCGCACCUCAAGAAUGGCGAAAUCGACAAGAGCAAGUCCCUUGCCCUCGCCGGCAGAAUAUACGUCCGUCGCGCCGCUGGCAGCAAGCUCUUCUUCUACGACCUCCGCUCCAACGGUACCAGACUCCAGGUCCUCGCUCAGGCCGACCACCUGGGUGAAGGCGUCCCCAGCUUCGAGGACCAGCACGUCAACAUUCGCCGUGGCGACAUUGUCGGCAUCCGCGGUUACCCGACCCGUACCAACCCCAAGACCAAGCAGGGCCAGGGCGAGUUCUCCGGCGAGCUGUCCAUUGCCGCCGGCGAGCUUAUCCUCCUGUCUCCUUGCCUGCACCAGAUCCCCGAUGACCACUACGGCUUCAAGAAUGCCGAGCAGCGCUUCCGCCAGCGCUACCUCGAUCUCAUGAUGAACGAAAACGCCCGCAACGUCCUCAUCACCCGCGCCAAGGUCGACACCUACAUCCGCCGCUGGUUCGACGACCGCGACUUUGUCUCGGUGCAGACCCCCAUGCUCAACACGAUUGCCGGCGGCGCCACCGCCAAGCCCUUCAUCACCCACCACAACGACCUCAACAUGGACAUGUUCCUGCGCAUCGCCCCCGAGCUGUACCUCAAGAUGCUCGUCGUCGGUGGCCUGGACCGCGUGUACGAGAUGGGUCGCCAGUUCCGCAACGAGAGCAUGGAUCUAACCCACAACCCUGAAUUCACCACUCUGGAGUUUUACAUGGCAUAUGCUGAUGUCUACGACCUCAUGAAGAUGACCGAGGAGCUGGUCUCGGGUCUCGUCAAGCACGUCCACGGCACCUACGUCACCAAGUACCACAACUCCAAGGGCGAGGAGCUCGAGAUCAACUGGGAGGGCCCCUGGCGCCGGAUUGACAUGAUACCCGCCCUCGAGGAGGCCACGGGCGAAAAGUUCCCCACCGGCGACGUCCUCCACACUGCCGAGACGGGCGAGUUUCUCAAGAAGGUCCUGAUCAAGACGGGCGUCGAGUGCAACCCUCCCCUGACCAAUGCCCGUAUGCUCGACGCCCUUUGUGGCGAGUACCUCGAGUCUCAAUGCAUAAGCCCUACCUUCAUCUUUGGCCACCCCAAGAUGAUGUCUCCUCUGGCCAAGAGUCACCGCUCCAUCCCCGGUCUCUGCGAGCGUUUCGAGUGCUUUGUCGCCACCAAGGAAAUCUGCAACGCCUACACCGAGUUGAACGUCGCUACCGAGCAGCGUCUCCGCUUCGAGGAGCAGGCCAACCAAAAGGCCCAGGGCGACGACGAGGCGCAGGUCGUAGACGAGACUUUCUGCAAGGCUCUCGAGUACGGUCUCCCGCCCACCGGCGGCUGGGGCAUGGGCAUUGACCGCAUGAUGAUGUUCCUGACCGACAACCACAGCAUCAGAGAGGUGCUGGCGUUUCCCACCAUGAAGCCCGAGUAG